AUGUACUGUUCAGAUGUUGAAAAUGUCGUCGUGGAACUGAGCGCUAAGCUCCCAUUGGUCCAAUUUGAAGCAGCUGCCUCGCUUACUUUUUGUCUUUUUCCUUCUUUACCCACCUCAAAGCUGACGAGUGCAGUUUAUUAUCCUGUUGAUGAUAUCAAAAUGUCUGCUCUAGUACAUGAAAAAGUUUGGUUGGAUAAGAACAUCUACAAUGAUGCCGAACGGAAAUACUAUGAAUCGCUGUCAAAGGUUCAUGGUACUCCACUUUCAGUAGCUUGCACUUCUUUGGCCAGUGAAGUUGCCAAGGCUAGACAACAUAUCAAAGAUUCUUUAGAAUGUAUGGAUAGUGUUGCCACACUAGCAGGAGUUCCAAACACAGAGCUCACCACUAAAGUUAACGGUCUAGAAAAAGAGAAUAGUGAUCUUAAGAAAGCCAUUGAUGAUCUCCGUAAUUUGGUUAUAAGCCUUCAAGCUAGAGUGGAAACAUUAGAAUCAACAGGUAGUGGGGGAAAAACUAUAUCUUCUCAGGUAACAUCUAAUGCAGCAGCAGCUAAGCCCCAAGAUGAUGAUGAUGAUGAUGGUGUAGACCUUUUUGGCUCUGAUGAUGAAGAAGAAAGUGCAGAAGCUGCAAGAAUUAGAGAAGAACGUCUGGCUGCAUAUAAUGCUAAAAAAGCUAAAAAACCAGUUCUUAUUGCAAAGUCAAAUAUUAUAUUGGAUAUAAAACCAUGGGAUGAUGAAACUGAUAUGGUAGCUAUGGAAAAAGCAGUCAGAGAAAUAAAUACUGAAGGUCUUCUGUGGGGUGCUGCUAAACUUGUACCAUUAGCAUAUGGUAUCCACAAGCUACAGAUUUCCUGUGUUGUUGAGGAUGACAAAGUUUCUGUUGAUUGGUUAACUGAAGAAAUUGAGAAAGUUGAAGACUUUGUCCAAAGUGUGGAUAUUGCUGCCUUUAACAAAGUGUAA